AUGGAUUUCCCUUGGAUAUCGGAUGUCUCUGGCAAUCGGAAACAUGCCGGUUAUCUGUCAAAGACAACCGGGCCAUCUGUAGUUGGGAGAGAUUUUGACACUUCAUCAUCAUCAUCAGCAGCAACAGUAGCACCUCAUCAUCAACCAUCCUCCUCUUCUUCUUCAUCGUCUUCUUCUACAACCACACCUACAACAGCGUCAACAGCAGCAGCAGCAACAACACGUCGUCCACGAGCUGGCACUAUGCCAUCCUCUGUUUUCUCGUACACACCCAUGACCACCAUGCCACUUUCUUUACCACCCCUUCAUGGCAAUCCAUCGACGACUCGGCAUAGGUCUGGAUCGGUGACUUUGGCGUUUGAAAGGAAUAACGGAAAUGGCGCCGGGGUAGGUGGCACGACAGCUACUACUACAACAGUGAGCGGCGGCGGAACCGAUCUGCUGGUAGAUGGGUCAUCGUCAUCAUCCUCCUCCUCCUCUAUGGCACCAACAACAGCCAUGAAUUAUGAUAUACAACAACCCCAUCAUCAAGCGGAUAGCACAAUAGCCAGCACAUUAGCAUCAUUGGGUUUGGAUGACGAUCAACCUUCUUCCUUUACUGGUAACAAUGGCACAAGAGGAGAGGAUGACAUUAGCAACAACAAUAGCCGUACCAGAAGCAGAGGAUAUAGCACAUUACCAGCAUUGUCAAUCACACCUGAAUCAUCGAAUCAUCAUCAUCAUCCUUCAGUGAUGGCAGCAUCAUCGUCAGCGGGUCGUACUCGUGCUUACACUAUCGGUCCAGAGCGUCCAAAUAUCAGCAGGUUAUUAGCCCCGACAGCCACCACCACCAACAAUGCCACAACUAUGCGUUUUGAUCCUUUUGAAAAUGAUGCUGCAUCAUCAUCACCUUUUGCACAACCUCCACUACCUCCACCAUUGGCAUCAUUCCAAAAGCCAACCAACCAACAUCAUCAAUCCUUGGUGGCGAAUCGACCUCGUGCAGUGAGUCUUGGUGUAGCCAACCAUCAUGGACCACCCUCAACACAUGAACUUUUAUCGCUUGGUGGACGCCCGUAUCACCACAAUACAAGUACAACAUCGACUGCGGGAUCUCCUUUACGCAGCUCUCGCAGCAGUACCAAUUUGAUGAUGAUGAUGAUGACAGCUGACCAGAACGAAGAACAGUUGAAUGAGCAUAAUAGCAACUAUGGUGCUGGGACAAGCACGUGUUCAUCACCCUCAUCGGCUGCAGCUCAAAUCCCAUCACGCGCUCUCUGGUUAGGAAACAUUACUCCAUCCCUAAGUGUCGCAGAUCUGAUGCAGAUCUUUUCGUGCUAUGGUCACGUGGAAAGUGCUCGUAUCUUGUCCGACAAGGAAUGUGCCUUUGUCAACUUUAUCAAUGUUGAUGCUGCUGUGGCUGCCAAGAAUGAUCUUGAAACACGUCUCGAUAGCAAAUUACAAGGUGCCACGGUGCGUGUUGGUUAUGGCAAAGCCGAUGUCACUCAAGCCAUGGCGAAUACCACGGAGGCGGGUCCCAAUGCUCAAGGUCCCACACGCGCUCUUUGGGUAGGCAAUAUUCCUGCCAAUAUGAAUCCAAGCAUUUUGCAAGCCAUUUUUCAAUCCUUUGGUCCCAUCGAAUCGGUGCGUGUCCUGUCACACAAAAAUUGCGGAUUUGUCAACUUUGAGCAACAACAGGAUGCUGUGCUUGCUCGUAAGGCAUUGCAGAACAAGGAGAUUCUAGGCCCUGGUACAGGUGCUGUAAGGAUUGGAUUUGCAAAGGUACCUGAAGAAGGUGAUAUCAAACCUGGCAACAACAACAACAACAAUGCAACAGCCGCUGCAACGUCGUCGCUUGGUAACAACAACAAUGGUGCUGCUGCUGCUUUGGCCCCCAUCACGUCGCCUGAUACCUACCAAGCUACUCAAUGGGCAGCUGCCAUGAUGAUGUCCAGCAUGAUGAAGGGUCAACAUCAUCCAUUAUUAGCACAACAACAACAACAACAACAUCAACAACAACCCGUCACCAGCUUGUAUGCUGCUAUCAAAACUGAACGUCGCUUUAUUAUGCAACAACUCGACUCUACCUUGGAUCUAGCUGAAGAUGGUGAAACCACCUUGCCAAUGACGUACCUGUCAUCCAUUCCCCUUGUUCCUGAACUUGGUGCUGAUCGAAAGCUCGAGCCAUUGCGCUUGCGAGAUAUGAGAAAACGCCUGGAUAAUGGUAACAUGACAAUGCUUGAUAUUGAAGCCAUGGUCUUUGAAUGUAUGGAUGAGAUUGUCGAAUUAUGCAAUGACUACAUUGGCAACACUGUUAUCCAAAAGCUCUAUGAAUAUGGCAACGAGCAGACCAAACUCAUGAUGCUUGAACGCAUUGCCCCUUAUCUUGCAUCGAUUGGUGUUCACAAGAAUGGUACAUGGGCAGCACAAAAGAUCAUUGAUCAUUCCAACACGCCACCUUUGAUCAAGCUGAUUUCGAUCCAUAUUGCACCCUACGUGCCCUUGUUAUUGCUUGACCAAUACGGCAAUUACGUUGUGCAAGGAUGUCUUCGCAAGAGCAAGGGGAUUACUGCAGCUGGUGAUGAUGACGAGAUUAGCAGUGAUUACAUUAUCGAUGCCAUUGCAGACAAGUGCUGGGAGAUUGGACAAGGACGAUUUGGAGCACGUGCUGUGCGAGCUAUUUUGGAGACAACAUCUAUUAUUACACAUGAACAGCAAUGCUAUGUAGCAGCAGCCAUUAUCCAGAAUGCGGUGCUAUUGACAACCAAUGCGAAUGGUGUUUUGUUACUUGUUUGGCUAUUGGAUACAUCGGAAUUGCCAGGUCGUUACAGCGCCUUAUGCCCUCGCUUAUUGCCUUAUCUGGGCAAAUUAUGCACGCACAAGCUGGGUGCAAUGACCAUUCUCAAAAUUCUCAACCAACGUCAUGACGCUGAUGCUCGUCAAGUAUUGCUCAAUGCCAUUUUCCACGAUGCCAAUUUGCUUGGUGAUGUUUUGCGUGAUCAAGUCCAUGGUCUAGGUCUUGUGCAAAAGGUACUUGCUAUGCCUGAUUUGGAUCGUCGCGAAGCUAUUGUGAGACGUGUGAGAGAUGCCUUGAUGGAUCGUGCCCAUGUACAAACAUACAAGCGUCUUUUGGAUGAAUUGGACAACUCAUUGCAACAACAACAAGAUGCAACUCAAUCACCAUCACAACCCUCUCAACAGCAGCAGGAACAGGAUAAUCAACAACAACAAACACCUGAGGCUUCGGUGAAUGGUGAUGGAGGAGAGGAUGUUCAUGCAUGGGCCAAAAAUCCACAGGCGGUUGCCAUGAUGGCCAACAUGUAUGCAGCUGCCAUGGCAACGGCUGCCACCAACUUGCAACAAGAGCAACCACAGCAGCAGCCAUCAUCUUCAUCAUCAUCCAAUGUGCCCAAUAUGCCGGAUCUCUCACAAUUUGACCAGCUCAUCAAGGCCCUGUUGCGAAACAACAAUGAGGCAUAA